AUGACGAAUCGUACAGCAGCAGGUAUACCAACGGAUAUACGGAGUCGCAUCAGAAUGUUUGAAAAUUGUGACCAACAGACAUCAUCAGCAUCGGCAUCUUCGACAUCAACAUCAUCAGCGCCGAUAGACAUUGUCGACGGUUUAGCAAGUGGCGAUUUUAAAAAUCAUAGCAGAAUCGAAGUUGACGAGCUUGGAAACGGUUGUGAUAUCAAAGAGAAAUUAGCCACAAUGAUGAUGCCAACGCCACCACCACCUCCACCACCGGGAGUACAAACAGACGCCAAUGGCCUGAUAUUACCAAAGAAAUUAAUAAAUCCCUGUCUGACGUCAACGGAUCGCAAACAGCUGCAUCGAGAAUUAAAAUUUAAUACAAAAAUGGCACUUCGAAUAUUUACUUGGAUUCCCUCACCCACCUACGGCCUUAAAAGUGAACUCAAUCGUGUGAUAAUGGAACGAGCUCAAAAGCAUGCACAAGCCCGCCUUCAAAAUCAGGAAAAUAACGAUGACGACAAGCAGUACGUCAAUCCGGAAUAUCUGAAUGCGAGAGCAAAACUGCGGGCGGGACAAAGGACUGAAUUGAAAUAAAAAAAUUCAAAAAAAAAAUUAAAAUUAAUUGUUUUUA